UUUAGGCUCUCUCUCUUCGCUUCCUCGCCGCCCAACCCGGCACUACCUAGGGCUCCUCCUCUCCUCGGCGGCGCGGCGGCGAGUUCCCAGCAGGCCUCACCGAGCUCCAGCGAUGGGCGGCGAAAAGGAAAACCUCGGCCUCUCCGAUAUCAACAGCUCCCUCCCCGCCGCCACCGCCGCUCUCACCGCCGAGGACCGUGCCGGCCUCGUCAAUGCCCUGAAGGACAAGCUGCAGAGCCUGGCCGGACACGCGGACUUGCUCGAGACACUCUCGCCCAAUGUCAGGACGCGUGUCGAGUUUUUGAGGGGCGUUCAGAGCCAACAUGAUGAGAUUGAGGCAAAGUUUUUUGAGGAACGAACUGCGCUUGAAGUGAAGUACGAAAAGCUGUAUGAACCAUUGUACACCAAGAGGCAUGACAUUGUAAAUGGAGUUGUGGAGGUUGAUACUGUUGCUAAAGAACCGACCAGCGAUAAGGCUGCUGAGGGGCAAGAUUCAGAUGCUAAAGGUGUCCCAGAUUUUUGGCUCACUGCUAUGAAAACAAAUGAAGUGCUGACUGAUGAGAUCCUAGAGCGUGAUGAGGCUGCUUUGAAAUAUCUAAAAGAUAUCAAGUGGUCUAGAAUUGACGACCCGAGGGGUUUCAAGCUGGAGUUUGUCUUUAAUACAAACCCUUUCUUCAAGAACUCUGUUCUUACAAAAACCUAUCACAUGGUUGAUGACGAUGACCCGAUUUUGGAGAAAGCAAUUGGGACUGAAAUUGAGUGGUAUCCUGGGAAAAAUCUUACACAGAAGAUUCUCAAAAAGAAACCCAAGAAAGGUUCAAAGAAUGCGAAGCCUAUUACUAAAACUGAAGAAUGCGAGAGCUUCUUCAACUUUUUCAACCCUCCACAAUUACCUGAAGAUGAAGUGGACAUUGAUGAAGAUACUGCUGAUGAGCUUCAGGGUCAAAUGGAACAUGAUUAUGACAUUGGGACAACCAUAAAGGAGAAGAUCAUCCCUCAUGCUGUUUCUUGGUUCACUGGUGAGGCUGUGCAAGCUGAGGAUUUUGGGGAUAUGGAAGAUGGAGAUGAUGACGGAGAAGAAGAAGAAGAAGAUGAUGAUGAUGAUGAAGAUGGUGACGAAGAUGAGGACAAGGAUGAAGAUGAGGAUGAAGACGAUGAGGAAGAAGAGAGCAAACCAAAGAAGAAGCCGGCAGGCAAAUCAAAGCAGCUAUCGUCAAAGGGUGGUGCCCAACCGAACGCCGAGCAACCAACAGAGUGCAAGCAGCAGUAGAAUCAUUCUGGUGCUUUUUCAUCCGCUGCUAGUGUUGGUCCAUGCAGUAUUUUCCGUUGAACUGCCCAGUAGUUUGUUGGUUUUGAUGUGUGCUGGUGAGAUCGUAUUGUCGAUAAUACCGUAGUCAUGAUUCUAUAUUAGGCGGUGAGGCUGCGUGCCUGUUGGUGCAGUGAUUGUGGAUGGUCCGAGGGUUGGACAAUGUUAGCGUAUUAUGUUCUGGCUAUAUGCAAUUGGAUGGUACCUGAAGGAUCUAUGGUUGUGUAAUUAUCUCCGAACUAUCGUGGAAAAGUUUUUACUAUUCACUGGGUCAUCACCUCGUUCA